CAAAACACGUUACUGCUUCCUUCAGAAAUCAGACAGUUGAUCAAGAUGGCGGCACUCAAUUCAGAACGGUGGCUCAAUGACUUACCGAAUCACACGAUAUUCAAAAUAAUACGCGAGAAGUUGGAUUUGGAGUGCACCUCGAGUGAAAGAGGGAUCGCUAAGAACCUCACGUUUUGUUUGGGAGCGGAUUUGUUCGUGUGGGACGAUUCAGACCGCGUGUUUUACACAACCAACCUGCGGCAGUUAAACUCAGAGGAGAGCUCCGGUAGCGGGAAGUAUCAGACCUUGCUGUGCAUCAACCCGCCGCUCUUUGAAGUGUGCCAGGUGCUGGUGAGCCCGACACAGCACCAUGUCGCGCUGGUCGGUCAACGAGGCGUCUCGGUCCUGGAGCUUCCUCUGCGGUGGGGCAAGAGGUCCGAGUUUGAAGGCGGACGCAGCAAAAUCAACUGCAAGACCAUCCCGGUGGCGGAGCGCUUCUUCACCAGCUCACCGUCGGUCAGUCUGCGACAGGCUGCUUGGUACCCUAGCGAGACUGACGAGCCACAUAUGGUGCUGCUCACUUCAGACAACACGAUCAGAUUUUACAGCUUGAAGUCUCCGCAGACACCGGCCAAAAUCCUGCCAGUGUCGCAGUCAGAAGACGAGAGCAGCCUCGACCCUCCGGUGCAUUCGUACGCAGCUUCUCUGGGAGAGAUAGCAGUGGCGUUUGACUUUGGGCCGAUUUCAUCCCCUCCUCGGCAGCUGGCAGGACAGGUCCCCAAAGACCAGCUGGUCUACCCUCUCUAUAUUCUUUACGAAAAUGGGGAGACCUAUGUGAACUACACGAGCCAGGUAAACGGUAUAAGUCUGAGUAAACCCGUUGGACCUCUCCCCAUGUAUCCAGCAGCAGAGGAUAACUAUGGCUAUGAUGCUUGUGCCAUUCUGUGCCUGCCAUGUGUUCCGAGUAUCUUGGUCAUCGCCACAGAAACUGGCACACUGUAUCACUGUGUCGUGCUGGAGUCUGAAGAAGAGGAUGACACGGGGGCAGUGGAAAAGUGGAUCCGAGGCACAGAGACAGUGCCAGCUCUUUAUGUGUUUGAGUGUGUUGAGCUAGAGCUCAUACUUAAAGUGGCAACGGGAGAGGACGAGGAGCCGCAAGAGUUUGAUUUCACCUGUCCAAUCAAACUGCACAGAGACCCUCUCUGUCAGCACCGGUAUCAUUGCACCCAUGAAGCAGGAGUGCACAGCGUGGGGCUAAUCUGGGUCAACAAGCUGCAGAGGUUCCUUAAAUCAGAUGAGGAGGAUAAGGACAGUCUCCAGGAGCUGGCUGCUGAGAAGCGCUGCAUUGUAGAGCACAUUCUUUGCACCAGACCGCUCCUGACCAGUCAGUCGGCUCCAAUUCGUGGUUUUUUGAUUGUGUCUGACCUUGCCUUGGGCGCCACCAUGAUCUGCAUCACCAGCACUUACGAGUGCAUUCUGUUACCCCUUCUGAGCUCCAUUCGCCCUCCUUCCCCUCCCCUGCUUUGCUCCCACCCAGGUCUGGGCUCUGCCAGCUCCCCUCUGCGUGGGCUGGCCGAAGACUCCUUUGAGCAGCACAUUCGCAACAUCCUGGCACGGAGCUCCACCAAUCCUCUUGUACUUAAAGCUGGAGACAAGGACACAUCACCACCACCUCCAGAGUGUCUGGAGCUCCUCAGCAGAGCCACGCAGGUGUUCCGCGAGGAGUACAUUCUCAAGCAGGACAUGGCUCGUGAAGAGAUGCAGAGGAGGGUGAAACUCCUGACAGGCCAGAAGAACAAGCAGCUGGAGGAUUUGUCUCUGUGCAGGGAGGAGAGGAAGAGUUUGAGAGAAGCAGCAGAAAGGUUGGCUGAUAAAUACGAAGAUGCAAAGUAUCGCCAAGAAACCAUUAUGAACAGGGUUAAGAAAGUGUUGUGUAGCCUGCAAAGCCAGCUACCCAUACUGUCAAACAGUGAAAAGGAAAUGAAGAAGGAGCUGCAGACCAUCAAUGAUCAACUGAAACACCUGGAAAACUGCAUCAGGCAGGUGAACAUGAAGAUGGAGUACCAGAAGACACAAGUGGGCAAGGAUAUGCCCGGAACUAGGGCAACAGUUUCCCUCAACGCUCCCCAGAAGAAGGUUGUUCAGGAUGUCCUCAAAGAACAAGGACAGCAAAUUGGUGACAUGAUGAAGCAGAUCAAAGACAUCAAAAAUCAUUUUAGUUUCUAAGCACUGCAGAAAAAUGCUAGUUUUUUUCUGUAUAGUUGGGAAAAUAUUUCAAAUUUUCCAUGGAAUGCACCGUUAUUACAUUUGCAUUUUUCUGACAUUUGAUAAGAAGCUGUAAUGAGUUCUUGAGCUCUAAGUGGUUGUGCUAUCUUUUUAUAUGUUAUAUCUUAUAUGUGCUAGUGUAACUUUACCUUUCAUACUAAAUGUUUUUCCUUAAUACAGAAUACAGAAAUACAAAAGGUUGGAUUUUCUCUUACAAAAAGUUGUAUAUUUCUACAUCAAUAUUUUUGACAUGUUAAUGAUUGAAUCACUAACAUACUCAGUUUAAUGUCCCGUGUAUAGGCAGGAAAAAUUAAAAGUAAUUUGUGCUAAACUAACCUUAUACAGCUGUUUUCAAUUUUGUUUGCUCACCUUUUUGCAUAAAAAAAUAAACUUGAAAUUAUUAAACUUGUUUGUGUCUCAAUGUAGGAUAGCUACAAAAAGCAGAAAUGUUAAGAGACAAAUCCAAGUUAACAGUUUUAUAUUGACAUGCAUUAACUGACACGUUCACAGCUGCUGGUUGCUGUAUUUGCCAGAGUACUUGGAGAAAACCUGUGUAAACAGGGGGAAGAUGCAAACAUCACAACGAAAGUCCCAGUUAAUAAUUUAACUGCGAAAAAACAAACAUGUGAACUGAACUAAAUAUUCCACAUCCUGGCAAGAUGUUUGAACUUUUAAAGGAGGCUAAAAUCAUGUGGGUGUUUGGUUUGAUAUGGAUGUUUAGCAUAGAUGCAAUACAUAGCAUGCCCUCAGUAAGAGACACAGCAAGAGCAUAACUCCUAAACAGAAGGCAGGAAAUUAUUUGUUUUGUCUUGGUUAUUGUCUUAAUAAACAUUGCAAGCCAAAAUUGUAAACAAUGUUAAAAUUCAAGUAGGGCUUCCUACACACUAGGGAUUCACUUUUUCUCCCGUGUCUGAACAUGUCCUUCAAUGUGCACAGCUGCAUGCCUCCAGUCUGCCAUCUACAGCUGGGAACUCCAGUGAACAAUUUCAGCAUAAGAUUGCCAAGAAUCCUGUAUCCACCAGGUGUCACCCCAUCUCCAGAGCUGACGGCCUCAGUUUUUCUUCCACCACAGGUUUCCUAGUGAGGAAUUCCCCACAUAAACAAUCAGUGACGUAU